AUGAUAGGUGUUUUGGCUUUCUGGCUGUUUACAAUGACAGUUGCAGAUCAGAGAGGGGAGGAGUACAACAUUACACCUAUAGAUGCACCCGAGGCACAGGCAAGGAAAAAAUGGGACCACAGAACCAUUCGAAAAAAGUUGCAAGAUGCUGGUGUAUUAAGAGUGUCAGAAGAACAAGGCUUAGGCAACAACCUCCACGCCCUGCGACAACUCACCAAUGUCAUUGCGGAAAUUGAACAGGAUGUUAAGUUAAAACUAAACACUGAAUACUGCAAAUCCUAUAUGUCAUGGUUUUCUGGAAGACAUUAUUGGGGGUUGGAUGCCCUUGAUGGUGAUCAAUACAAUUAUGAAUACAACAUCUGGGGAGAUGGAGAGGGAAUAGAUGUAUAUGUGGCAGACACAGGCAUCAAUCCAAACCAUGAAGAUUUCUCGGGGAGAGUUACCGUUGGCUGGCCGACAUCUACAAGUGUUGACGACCAUGGUCACGGUACCCACGUGGCCAGUAUCAUCGGGGGAACCAAUUCUGGCGUGGCAAAGAGUGCUAACAUCAUUUCCCUGAAGAUUUGUUCAAAUUAUGGAUGCCCUCUUUCCGAUAUAUUGAAUGCUUGUCUGUGGGCAAAACAAAGAGUGCAAAGCUCUGGGCGACUCUCCGUUAUUAACUUUAGUAUUGGUGCUCCGUUCAUCAGGUCUCUGAACGACGCAGUCGAUGAUCUACUUGCAGCUGGUAUCCCCGCAAUUGUUUCAGCAGGUAAUGCCAAUGACAACGCUUGCGAUUACUCUCCAGCCAGCACGGCCAAUGCCCUCACUGUCGGAGCGUUUAAUGAGGGCUUUGAAAAGGCUAGUUUUAGUAACCAUGGAUAUUGUGUGGAUCUUUACGCCCCGGGUGAGGGUAUCGAAGCUGCUGACUUCUCUGGAAACGAUAAAUAUACUAUAAUGAGCGGCACCUCCAUGGCAGCUCCAUUUGUGACCGGUGCCGUGGCUGCCUGGUUGCAGGUCCUCAGAGAUGAGGGGACUAUCAGCUCACCCUCUGCCCAGGUUGUCAACUACGCCAAUAUACACAUCAUACAGUACGCAUUGCCUGGAAAACUUACGGGUGUCAGUGAAGCCAAUUUGGCUUUGUCUACUCCAUGCUUGGUUAUUUGA